AUGGCCGGAAAGACACUAGGCCGAUCAUCGGGCUCCCUCAAUGCCCCAAUAGCCGCCUUUACCAUGGCCCUUCUGCUUGGUUCCUAUUGCAUCAAAUCCAUCCACACCGCUCGUCGCGAGGCGCAAUCCACAUCGAGCACCGCAACCACUACGCCCCGACCUACUAAGAAGGCAGAGUCGCAGUCUUCAUGGGUACAGCAGGCACUGGAAGAGAGUCGGGAGGGAGAGAAGAAGUGAUUUAGGUCGGGCAGAACUGAGUGUAAAUCUUACCAAAUACGCGUUGUAUAUACUACAAGUACUACUUAUUGCUUCAUGUCUGGGACAUUUUCUCAAAUUUUCAUGGCAUUGAAUCGGCACACAUAACAAUCUGAUAUGAAAUGGCUAAUAUCAGCAUCACAAACACAACACAUCAACAUCAUAUC